AUGUCGACCUUGAUCGAGAUCAAGUCGGAGGACGACUGGAGCAACCACACUUCAGCUAUCCCACCAACUGCUCUUCAAAUCAUCUCAUUCCACGCACCUUGGGCAGCGCCCUGUGCGCAGAUGCGAACAGUCUUAGAGACACUUGCGUCCUCAUAUCCUAUCACCGAGCCACUAUCAACCUCAUGGGUCUCGAUGAACGCGGAAGAGCUCAUGGAUAUUAGCGACAAUUUUGAUGUUACUGCAGUUCCAUAUCUUGUCCUCACUCGAAAUAACGAAAUACUGGAAACUGUUAGUGGAAGCGAUGCUACCAAAGUACGUGAGGCAAUCGAGAAGUAUGCGAAGGCUUCCGCCGGAAUUCCCAAUGGCAAUAGGAGUAGUGCCGCAGCCACAACUGGUGGAAAUGUGGCGACGAACUCCAGCACCAAUACUCCAGCAGUAGCAGAUCCAGCGACGGCACCACAACACUCAACCGGCGACGUGAAGGAAGACAAGGAGGAGUUGCAUAAGAGAUUAACAACCUUAGUCAAGGCUGCGCCUGUGAUGCUGUUCAUGAAGGGUACUCCCAGUGCUCCGCAAUGUGGAUUUUCAAAGCAACUUGUUGCUUUGCUUCGAGAGAACUCGGUGAAAUAUGGCUUUUUCAAUAUUCUAGCAGAUGACGAUGUCCGACAAGGCCUUAAGGAAUUUUCAGACUGGCCCACAUUCCCUCAGCUAUACGUCGAUGGCGAGCUUGUUGGUGGGCUGGAUAUCGUGAAGGAGGAGCUAUCAAACGAACCAGAUUUCCUCAAAGCAUAUAGUGUGUCCAAGAGCACCGCUGUUUAA